AUGGCGACACGUACACUGCCUCAACGGCCCUGCUCUUUGCGGUCAGGGGCUCGUAAACUGAUGGCAGUGUGUGUAGGCGGAGCGUUGCUUGCCGGGGGAAUAUCCGCCGCAGGUCAGCAUCUCAACGCCCUUUCGGGGCCGACGACGGUGCCUGGUGAAGGUGUCUGGCAAUCAAACACAGCUGAAUGCAGCAUUUCAAGCGAGAAGAAUGGCACACCUGAACCUGCCAGCCUGAUGCUGUCAAAGGAGAAACUGACGGCAACUCUCAAGUGCUCGGGCACUGACAACCAGGUCGUGCCCCAAACACAGACCAGCGUCUGUGUUUUAAAGCCCGAGAACACGGUAACCACUUGCGGCACUGCCGACAACCAGAUAACGCUAAGAAGUCUUCUCGGUGCCAGCGAGGAAAUUACAUGGAAGAAGAUACCCGCAACCAAAGACGCCCAGGCAGAGAGGCAAGAGUGGAGCCUCGAGCUCAAAGAAACACAACUCCCGUUGUCUGAUAAGGAGUUCUUCGUCGGCUGCCAGAAUAAAAAAAAAACAGGUGACGAUGUCAGCUGCAAGCUCACGGUAAAGGUCGAUGCUCCCCCCUCUACAGUCAAGGAAAACGUUGUCUCCUGUGCGUACGGUCACUCCAGCAACUCUGACAUCCUGAAAGUCGAGAUGUCGGAAACCAACAAUACACUCACCCUUGCGUGCGGAAAAGAGGGAUCUGUUACGCCGGAAAAGUUCGCCUCCAACUACUGUGUAGACGCCGACAAUCUGGACAAGUGCUCAAAGAGCUACAAAGAGAUUCUUCCCAUGUACCAGGAGAAGUGGUGGACAACGGAGAACAAAGAGAAUCAUUCCGUAAAGUUGGCGAUUCCGACGACAGAUUUCCCUUCUACGGACCAGCGCUUUUACAUUGGUUGCUUGCCCGCGUCGCGAAACGUGGAAACGCCCGAUAACGAGGCCAGCGGUCGACAGGCAGAAGAGCAAACGACGGCGGCUGGGACGCCCUGCAAAGUGGAGGUGACGGUCAAGGCCGCCAGUGCGGCUUCGGUGGCAGACGGAGUUACAGUGUCUCCUGCUGUUGGAGCGACUGCUCUGAUCGGUCUAGUUUUCUUCUCGUAA